UGUUCAUGGCACAAACAAAUGGAGGGUGUUCACUGGCACUUAUUUUUAUCAUUGUGUUGUUGUUGGCUAAAGCAAAUAUAGAUGUAUGCAAGAGAGGAGAUGUGACCGUGAAGCCUUCCCGUGUAAUUUCGCUUGGAUCAGCUGUCAAUAUUUCAUGCUCUUUGAAGCCUGAACAAGGCUGCUCACAAUACCCCAGUGUUAACAGGUUAAUCCUCUACAAGUUUGACAGACAAAUCCAUUUUCUGCAUGGUUACUCCCUCAGUUCUCAAGUCACUGGUCUUCCUCUGGGUACAACCCUGUUUCUCUGCAAACUGGCAUGUAGCAAAAACAAGGAGUUUCGAAUAUGUGGGGCAGAGAUCUCAGUUGGUGUUGUUCCGGAACAGCCUCAAAACUUAUCUUGUAUACAGAAGGGAGAACAUGGGACUGUAACCUGCAUCUGGGACAGAGGACGAGACACCCACCUAUAUACUGCAUAUACUUUACAGCUAACUGGACCAAAAAAUUUCACUUGGCAGAGGCAAUGUAAUGAUCAUUAUUGUGACCAUUUGGACCUUGGAAUUAACCUAACCCCUGAAUUGCCUGAAUCCAGUUACACAGCCAAGGUUACUGCUACAAAUAGUCUUGGAAAUGCUUCUUCAAUUCCAUCCACAUUUACAUUCUUGGACAUAGUGAGGCCUCUCCCUCCAUGGGACAUCAGAAUCAAAUGUGUAAAUGCUUCUGUGAGCAGAUGUAUCCUUCAGUGGAGAGAUGAGGUGCUGGUGUUGCUUAAUCGACUCAGAUAUCGGCCCAACAGCAGCAGGUCCUGGACUAUGGUCAAUGCUACAAAUGCCAAAGGAAGACAGGAUCUGCUGGAUCUGAAACCAUUUACAGAGUAUGAAUUUCAGAUUUCUUCUAAGUUACAUCUAUAUAAAGGUAGUUGGAGUGAUUGGAGUGAACCAUUCAGGACACAAACACCAGAAGAAGAGCCUACUGGGACAUUAGAUGUCUGGUACAUGAAACAACCCAUUGACUACAAUAGACAACAGAUUUCUCUUUUCUGGAAGAAUAUGAGUGUAUCUGAGGCAAGAGGGAAAAUCCUCCACUAUCUAGUGACCUUGCAGGAGGUGGCAGGGGGGAAAGUCACAAUGCAGAACAUCACAGAACACACCUCCUGGACCUGGAUCAUUCCCAGAACUGGAAACUGGGCUGCAACUGUGUCUGCAGCCAACUCAAAAGGCAGUUCCCUGCCUACUCGUAUUAACAUAACGGACCUGUGUGAGGCAGAGUUGUUGGCUCCUCGUCAGGUCUCUGCAAACUCAGAGGGCGUGGACAACAUGAUGGUGACCUGGGAGCCCCCUGGGAAAGCCGCCCCUGCUGUCCAGGAGUAUGUAGUGGAAUGGAGGGAGCCCCAUUCUGGGAGUGACACUCAGCCCCCUCUAAACUGGCUGCGGAGCCCCCCCUACAAUGUGUCCGCUUUGAUUCCAGGGAACAUAAAACCCUACAGCUGUUAUGAAAUCUGCGUGUGUGCACUGUCGGGGGACCAGAGAGGAUGCAGCUCCAUCCGGAGUAACUCUAAGCACAAAGCACCACUGAGUGGCCCCCACAUUAAUGCCAUCUCAGAGGAAAAGGGGAACAUUGUAAUUUCAUGGAACGAAAUUCCAGCCCAGGAGCAAAUGGGUUGCAUCCUCCAUUACAGGAUAUACUGGAAGGAACAGGACUCUAAUUCCCAGCCUCAACUUUGUGAAAUUCCCUAUAGGGUAUCCCCAAAUUCACAUUCAAUAGACAGCCUGCAGUCCGGAGUAAGAUAUGUCCUGUGGAUAACAGCUCUGACAGCUGCUGGUGAAAGCCCCCCAGGAAACAAGAGGGAAUUUCAUCUGCAAGGUAAAGCCAAUUGGAGUGUGUUUGUGGCACCAAGCAUUUGCGUUGCUGUCGUCAUAGUGGGCAUUUUCUCAACGCGUUACUUCCGGCAAAAGGUAUUUGUUCUCCUUUCAGCCCUCAGACCUCAGUGGUGUAGUAAAGAAAUUCCAGACCCAGCCAAUAGUACUUGGGCCAAGAAAUACCCCACUGUGGAGGAGAAGAUGCAGCUACCCUUGGACAGGCUCCUGACAGACUGGCCCACUCCUGAAGAACCUGAGCCUCUGGUCAUCAGUGAAGUCCUGCAUCAAGUGACCCCAGUCUUCAGACAUCCUCAUCACCCCAACUGGCCAGACAAGGGACAAGAAAUCCAAGGUCACUAUACCUCUGAGGAAGACACAGGAUAUAGUGCCUCAAGCCUACCACCUCCCAAAGCUCUCAUAGCAGAGACAGGACUAGUGGAUCUGUACAAGAUGUUGGGGAGCAGGAGCCCUGACCCAAAGCCAGGACACCUAGCUGGCCCUGUGACAGUACUCCCAGUGGACUACCUUCCCACCCAUGAGGGAUACUUACCCUCCAACAUAGAGUAUCUUCCUUCACAUGAAGCUCCUAUAACUGAUCCUCUGGAAGAACUAAAGCCUCAGCACAUCUCUCUUUCCAUUUUCCCAAGUUCUCUUCACCCACUCACCUUCUCCUGUGAUAAGAAGCUGACUCUGGAUCGGUUAAAGAUGGGGUGCAGCUCCCUCAUGCUGUGA